UUCCUGAUUUUAUAUAGAGCUCAGUGGAUCACUGAUGUCUGUGUCAAAUAUUUUACGGCGUGACCAGUGGCCGGGAUACAGAGCUUUGUGAAAGAGCGCUUGAGCUUCCUUUUUUUCCAGUUCCAGUUUCUGUAACAUCAUUCAAGUGUCCUGAUUCUUUUCACCCGUUAUAAUGAACUCAGAGUCCACACGGCCCUCUUUAGGAAAAUCUCCACAGACUCCUGCUGCUGCUGCUGCCUCAAAGGUGUACCACUGCUCAGAUUGUGGGAAAAGUUUUAUGAAGAGUCGCCAAUUAAAAUAUCACCAGUGUAUCCAUAUCAGAGAGAAGCCAUAUCACUGUGGACAGUGUGGGAGGAGUUUUACUUCAAAGAGUACUCUCCAACAGCAUGAGCGUAUUCACACAGGAGAGAAGCCGUAUCACUGUGGACAGUGUGGGAGGAAUUUUACUCAGCAGAGUACUCUCCAACAGCAUGAGCGCAUCCACACAGGAGAGAAGCCGUAUCAUUGUGGACAGUGUGGGAGGAGUUUUGCUUGUCAGAGUACUCUCCACCAGCAUGAGCGCAUCCACACAGGAGAGAAGCCGUAUCACUGUGGACAGUGUGGGAGGAGUUUUACUUCUCAGAGUUAUCUCCAACAGCACCAGCGGAUCCACACAGGAGAGAACUUGGAUCAUUGUGGACAGUGUGGGAAGAGUUUUACUUCCAAGACUACUCUCCAACUGCAUGAGCUUAUCCACACAGGAGAGAAGCCAUAUCACUGUGGACAGUGUGGGAAGAGUUUUCGUCGUUGGAGUCAUCUCCACGAUCAUGAGCGUAUCCAUACAGGAGAGAAGCCGUACCAUUGUGGACAGUGUGGUAAGAGUUUUACUUCUAAGAGUAAUCUCCAACAGCAUGAGCGUGUCCACACAGGACAGAAGCCAUAUUGCUGUGGACAAUGUGGGAAGAGUUUUACUUCUAAGAGUCAUCUCCAACGGCAUGAGCGUAUCCACACAGGAGAGAAGCCGUAUCGCUGUGGACAGUGUGGAAAGGGUUUUACUUGUUGGAGUCAUCUCCAUUAUCAUGAGCGUAUCCAUACAGGAGAGAAACCGUAUCAUUGUGGACAGUGUGGUAAGGGUUUUACUUGUCGGAGUAAUCUCCAACAGCAUGAGCGUGUCCACACAGGCGAGAAGCCAUAUUACUGUGGACUGUGUUGGAAGAGUUUUACUUGUCGGAGUCAUCUCCAACUGCAUGAGCGUGUCCACACAGGAGAGAAGCCGUAUUGCUGUGGACAGUGUGGGAAGAGUUUUGCUCGUCAGGGUAGUCUCCAACGGCAUGAACGUAUCCACACGGGAGAGAAGCCGUAUCGUUGUGGACAGUGUGGGAAGAGUUUUGUUUGUCGGAGUAGCGUCCAACGACAUGAACGUGUCCACACAGGAGAGAAGCUGUAUCAUUGUGGACAGUGUGGGAAGAGUUUUCGUCACCUAACUCAUCUCAAAAAUCACCAGCGUAUCCACACAGGAGAGAAGCCAUAUUACUGUGGACAGUGUGGGAAGAGUUUUACUCGACGGAGUACUCUCCAACAGCACAGGCACAUCCACACAAGAGAGAAGCCAUAUCACUGUGGACAGUGUGGGAAGAGUUUUACUCAGCAGAGUACUCUCCAACAGCACGAGCGCAUCCACACAGGAGAGAAGCCGUAUCACUGUGGAGAGUGUGGGAAGAGUUUUGCUUGUCAGGGUACUCUCCACCGGCAUGAGCGUAUCCACACAGGAGAGAAGCCGUUUUGCUGUGGACAGUGUGGGAAGAGUUUUGCUCGUCAGGGUAAUCUCCAACGGCAUGAACGUAUCCACACAGGAGAGAAGCCGUAUCAUUGUGAACAGUGUGGGAAGAGUUUUGCUUCUCAGAGUCAUCUCCAACAGCACCAGCGGAUCCAUACAGGAGAGAAGUUGGAUCACUGUGGACAGUGUGGGAAGAUUUUUACUUCAAAGAGUAAUCUCCAACGGCAUGAGCGUAUCCACACAGGAGAGAAGCCAUAUCGCUGUGGACAGUGUGGGAAGGGUUUUACUUGUUUGAGUCAUCUCCACUAUCAUGAGCAUAUCCAUACAGGAGAGAAACCGUAUCACUGUGGACAGUGUGGUAAGGGCUUUACUUGUCAGGGUAAUCUCCAACAGCAUGAGCGUGUCCACACAGGCGAGAAGCCAUAUUACUGUGGACUGUGUUGGAAGAGUUUUACUUGUCGGCGUCAUCUCCAACUGCAUGAGCGUGUCCACACAGGAGAGAAGCCGUAUCACUGUGGAGAGUGUGGGAAGAGUUUUGCUUGUCAGAGUACUCUCCACAGGCAUGAGCGUAUCCACACAGGAGAGAAGCCGUAUUGCUGUGGACAGUGUGGGAAGAGUUUUGCUCGUCAGGGUAGUCUCCAACGGCAUGAACGUAUCCACACAGGAGAGAAACCGUAUUGUUGUGGACAGUGUGCGAAGAGUUUUCGUCACCCAAGUGCCUUCCACAGCCACCUGCAGAUUCAUAAAGAACAGAAGCCCUAUCAGUGUGGACAAUGUGGAGGGAGCUUUAUUCAUUCAAGAUUGUUUCGGAAACACAAGUGCCCCAACAAUAAAACCAACAGCUCUUGACAUAAAUUUCUGUUUUUAUAUUCCUUUUUUUUAAAUGGCAAUCGGAAAUUUUAGCUAAAACUCUGGCCAUCCAUUAUUGUUUUCAAGAUUCAAUGAUUUGUGUUUUCAUGAAAGACCUUUAACCUCCUAGGGCUUAGCGGUCACAUGCAUGGACAGCACUUUAUGGAAAUUCGGAACAAGAAUCCACGUAUGUGGACAUACUUUUUCUCUAAAAGUACAUCUUAUCAAAAGAUGAUGCUUAGUUUUUAUUCUAAUCAGGUUCUAAUAAGCCCAAAUAGCAAAGAGAAAUAAAAAAUGCAUGUAAAAAAACAGCUUGGGCCUUAGGAGGUUAAAAAUGUUUUCCCAUGAUGAAUAGAUCAAGAAAUUCGAUGAAUACACUGCUGAGACAUGAGUAUUUGAAGUAGUCAGAUUUAACUUUUCUUAAAGUCAGAAAUGAAGAAAUCUGCUUGGGUAGUUUACAAACCCAAUUCCAAAAAUUUGGGACAACAUGUGUAAAACGUAAAUAACAAAAUAUGAUGAUUUUUUACAAAUCAUGGAAAACUUAUAUUUUAUUGAAAAUAAUACAAGGACACAUUUCAGAAAAGUUGGGAUGGGGCAAGAAAAGACUGAAAAAUGUUGUGUAAUGCUUUAAAAAAACCUAAUUCAGUUAAUUGGCAACGGGUCAGUGACAUGGCUGGGUAUAAAAAGAGCAUCACAGAGAGGCGGAGUCUCUCAAAAGUAAAGAUAAGGAGGGGUUCACCAUUCUAUGAAAGACUGUGAGCAAGCAGUGCAAGAAUUUAAGAAUAACGUUCCUCAACAUAAAAUUGCAAAGGAUUUGUGGAUCACAUCAUCUGUGGUCCAUAAUAUCAUUAAAACAGUCACAGAAUCUGCAGAAAUCUCUGUAUGCAAGACAAAGCUGAAAACUGACCUUGGAUGCCUGUGAUCUUCAGGCCCUCAGGCGACACUGCAUUAAAAGCAGACACGUGUCUGUGGUGGAAAUCACUGUAUGGGCUCAGGAACACUUCAGAAAACCAUAAUCUGUGACAACAGUUCAUUACUGCAUCCACAAAUGCAAAUCAAAACCGGUUAUAAACAAUAUCCAGAAACACCGCCACCUUUUCUGGGCCUGAGCUCUUUUACGAUGGACUGAGGCGAAGUGGAAAAUUGUCCCAAGGUCUGACGAAUCAAAAGUAGAAAUUCUUUUUAAAAAUCAUGGACACCACAUCCUUCAGGUUAAAAAGGAGAGGGACCAUCCAGCUUAUCAGUGCAUAGUUCAAAAGCCAGCAUCUGUGAUGGUAUGCGUUAGUGCACAUGACAUGGGUAGCUUGUACAUCUGGGAAGGCAUCAUUAAUGCUGAAUGAUAUCCACAUGUUUCAGAGCAAUAUGCUGCCAUCCAGACAAAACCUUUUUCAGGGAAGGCUUUCCUUCUUUCUGCAAGAUGAUGCCAAACUGCUUUCUGCACAUACUUAAACCGCAUGGCUCCAUAGUAAAAGGGUCUGGGUGCUAAACUGGCUUGCCUGCAGUCCAGACCUGGCUCCCGUUUAAAACUUUUGGUGCAUUACAAUGUUCAAAAUACAACAAAGGAGACCCCAAAGUGUUGAGCAACUGAAAUUGUAUAUCGGGCAAGAAUGUGACAACAUGGGACAACAUUUCUCUCUCAGAAACUAUAGCAAUUGGUCUCCUCAAUUCCCAAAUGUUUGUAGAGUAUUGUUAAAAGUAGAGGUGAUGCAACAUCAUGGUAAACAUGUCCCUGUCCCAACGUUUUUGAAACGUGUUGCUGACAUCAAAUUCAAAAUGAGCAUAUAUUUUUCAAAACACAAAAUUGUUCAGUUUCAAGAUUUGCUAUUGUCUUUGGGCUAUUUUCAGUGAAAUGUAGGGUUUCCAAGAUUUGCAAAUCGUUAUAUUCUGCGUUUUAUUUGCGUUUUGCACAGUGUCUGAAAUUUAUGGAAUUGGGGUUGUACGAUAUAAAGUCCUUAGCAAUGCCCAUUUUAAAAAAGAUAUCAAAAUGGACACAUUCAUGAUUGCUUCACAGAUGUCCCUAAUUUUUUCACUGCACCUUUUCUGAGCAGGUUUGAAUGUAUGCAAAACAUAGAGGGGUGGGGUUUGUUUGUUUUUAAAGUAUGACUUUUCCCCCUUGUAUCUUCCAUAUAUUUCAAUCUCUCUGCUAUGGCUAUGACCAUGCCCACGUCUUCACCUGCAUCUGUGACCUCAACUUUGUCCUUCCUCUCCUUUAUCUCCCUGCAUCUUUUUUUUCUUCAUCUUCUACCCCAUCUGGAGGCAUCACAUUUGGUUUAGGGUAUAUUUUGUCCUUGUAUGCCUCAGGAGCAAAGGCUCGGAUGUGUUUGUCGAGGUACUGUUGCCUAGCUAGCAGAAGUCCAGGUGAGGGAAAUGUGACUGGAUGACCACCUGGAUCAUUUCUUUGGGUACUGUAAGAAAUGGUGUUUUUGUCCAGCGAGCCCUCUGCCUUUCAAAGAGAGAGAGAACUCGUCGCAGAGGCAGAAAGAGCAAGCGGAAGCCUGAGAGACAGAAGAGGAACUACUGCCAUAAGGAUUACUCUUUUGAAGGCAGAGGUAGCCCAGCUGAAUGGAAGCCUCCAAAAGGAGUGGAUAUGGCAGCAGCUCGAUCGUAUACUGGAGUCACUGCAAGAAAUCCAUUUGCAUGGGAGUGAGGGCAGAUCUACAUGCCGAAUCUAGGAGGAAAUGUGCAUUUGUAUUUUGUGGUGAUUUUAUGCAGAUGUAAACACGUGCGCACACAUACCUUGAUGUAAUCACGUUUAUGUAUAAAAUGUGACUUGUUUUAUGUUGACUUUUUAUGUAAAGACAAUUUUUUUUGAUUUUCAGUAAAGAGUAAAUGAAGUCAAUUCUAAAAAACAAAUUAAAAACAGCUUUGAUAAAACAUGGGGGGAGCAAGAUGACGUUGAAGAGUAAACAUUUGCUGUAAGUGAGCUCCGCUGGCAUUUAUCAGUUUGUGUAUAUUUCCCAUGUCUUUGCAGUAAAAAUACAGAGUU